UGCAAAUCUCCACACCAUUGAACUUAGAUCAUGAUCUACGAAAAAACGCCCUUCCUACAAUUCUUCAUUUAUUUGAAUUUUAUUUGCAAAAGAAAAAAAAAAUUUGAGCUUAACUGAUGGCAGUGCUAUAGUUUCAUUUUUUCGUCAAACAAUUUGAACGCUUCCGCUUUUAGUUCCUAACCUCACACAUUGGAGUGACAUUUCAAAUGUCACGUAUCUGUCACCUUACACCGCUUACCCGGCGACCAAACCAACGUCAAAAUUCAACAAAAUUAUAAACAAAUUUUUGUGUAAAAUAUUUGAUGUUGUUUUUUAUUAACUAACCAAACGCCGCAAUAUUUAAAAGAAUGCUAAAUAUAUAAUUUAAUAAAAAUUAAAGUUAUUUUUCUUAUAAAAUAAAAAAAAAACAUUAUUUUCCUUCAAAAUGGAUACCCAAGUGUUGGAGGCUGUAAAUGAAUUUCUGAAAGUUGAAAACAUCGAGGAAGCUUUUUUGUGUGUUAUUGUCCAUAAGACCGAUGGAGAAAAUGAAAAGGCUCAGAAAUUUACAAACAAUAUUGUAUCAAUCUUUAAUACCCUCGCUCCGGAGUCCAAAGAAACUGUAAUCAGGCAGUAUGUGCAACGAUCUGCUGCUAGUGCCAAUUUAAAUCAAUUGAAAGUGCUGAUGGACACUUUAGCUAAACUUGUUGCUGCAAAUCUUAUCCCGGCCAAACUUUUGUGUGAAAAGAUCCUCCAAUGUGAGAAACUAGUCUACGAGAACAAGAACUUUUGGGUAGAGGGUUUUAAGCUCAUUAAAAGCGUCAUAACUCAUAUGGAUUACAAAGCAGUCAGAGAAAUAAUGAAGACAUGUCGUGAAAAGUCGCAGUCCUUCCCGGUGAAUAUCAAUGUAAGUUUCUUGCCACAGUUAUUAGCUCUCGAAGAUACGUUUCGUUUCAUAAUCAAUCGCAACAACUGCCUCCUGCCUGCGUAUUUAAUAGCCAAUGAGAUCAUGAAACAAUUUUCCUUUCACUGGAGAAUCAAUAAAUUGAUGACCGAUUUCGUUGAAGAUUUCCGUCAUACAGCUCAAAUGGUCUCGAUAAUUGGUCAUCCUCACAUGCUACCGAUAGUUGAACCCUUUGGCUAUGCCGAUCACAUGAUGAACUCCUGGAAACUCGAUCACAACACAUUGACAUUCAAUUUCAAAGGCAGUCUACCCUACGAACCCGAACUGCUUGAAGAACAACCACAAUUAUUGAGAUAUAUCCUCGAUCAACCCUACUCACGUGAAAUGGUUUCUAUAAUUCUUAAUCUUCAAAAACAGAGCCGUGAACUGAAACAACGAUGCAAUGCUCUCGAAGAGCAAUUGGUUAAUUUGUGUAUCAAAGCAAUGGAAAUGACCGAAACUGACAUCAAUCCAACGGCAACAGAAGAAACUACAUCGCCAAAUGAAACAGUUUGGUUGCAUUUGUCAUCGCAAUUGAUUUAUUUUGUUUUGUUUCAAUUUGUUAGCUUUCAACAUAUAAUAUUGUCUUUAUGUGAAAAGCUCUCGAAAAGGGAAUUGCGAAAGGGGAGAGAUCAGUUGAUGUGGAUUUUAUUACAAUUUAUUUCGGGGAGUAUUCAAAAGAAUCCAAUCACAAAUUUCAUGCCAAUGUUAAAACUUUUCGAUUUGUUGUAUCCCGAACAAGAGCCACUUAAACUACCUGAUUGCAAUAAGUCAUCAUCAUUAAGACAGAUGGCUCCAAUUUGUAUCUGGAUUCAUUUAAUGAGAAAAGCAAGACUGGAAAAUAUAACCAUCAAUCGACCAAUUCCCAUCGCCCUUAAAAACCAUCACGAAUUCCUCCAACACUUGGUUAUGCCCAACACAAUGAUGUCAAUGAGCUUAGGAAAUGAUUUCCGUAUAAUUCUCAUUUGCAAUGCCUACUCAACCAAUCAGGAAUACUUCUCGCGUCCCAUGAAUAUCUUAGUUGAGGCAUUGAAUGGAAGUUCAAAAUCAGUCGGAGCACCUGGAUCAUCAAAUGUCUCACAAAUAUCUUCGGUACCUUUUUCGAUUGUGGUUCUGGAUAGUUUAACUGUGCAUAGUAAAAUGUCACUAAUUCAUAGUUUUGUAACUCAAAUGAUUAAACAAUCACAAACUAAGAGUUCGGUGCCAGCUCCAGCUUUAGUCGAGACUUAUUCAAGACUUUUAGUCUAUACCGAAAUCGAAUCACUCGGAAUUAAGGGAUUUUUAAGUCAACUUUUGCCAGCGGUUUUCAAACACCAUGCUUGGGGUAUUUUACAUACUCUUCUGGAAAUGUUCUCCUAUCGACUUCAUCAUAUUCCCACUCAUUAUCGCGUUCAGUUACUCUCCCAUCUGCAUUCUUUAGCAUCGGUUCCUCAGACAAACAAAAUGCAACUAAAUUUAUGUUUCGAAUCCACUGCUCUUCGCCUCAUUACAGGCUUGGGUUCUGCUGAAGUCCAACCUCAACUUUCUCGAUAUUUCACAGAAAAAACUCCAGGCUCAUUUGCAUCUGGUGAAAGUGAAGAACUUAAUCGAGUUCUAAUUCUAACCCUUGCAAGAUCAAUGCAUAUAACUGGAUCAGGUGACGAAUUGCAACCUUGGUGUAAGGAUCUUCUUUCAAAUAUCAUGCAAAACACUCCCCAUUCGUGGGCUAAACAUUCACUUGAGUGUUUCCCACCCGCCCUAAACGAGUUCUUCACCCAAAAUAGCACUCCCCUCGAGAAUAAACAACAACUUAAAAAGUCAGUAGACGAAGAGUAUUGCAAUUGGACAUCGAUGUCGAAUGAAAAUGACAUAAUUGCACAUUUCAUACGACCAAACACAAAUCCUCUCUUCUUGUGUCUUCUCUUCAAAAUGAUCUGGGAAACUGAAAACAUAAGUCCUGUAGCUUAUAAAAUCUUAGAAGGAAUCAGUGCUCGAGCAUUGUCAGCACAUUUGCGAAAAUUGUGCGACUAUUUAGUUUACGAAGUUGCCAACUCCAAUGGAAAGGAUUUCAUUCACAAGUGUGUCGAUACCAUCAAUAACAUGAUCUGGAAAUACAAUGUUGUGACUAUUGAUCGAGUUGUUUUGUGUUUAGCACUUCGCACCCAGGAAGGCAAUGAAGCACAGGUUUGCUUCCUUAUAAUUCAAUUACUUCUGCUGAAAGUAUCGGAGUUAAGAAAUAGAGUUCAAGAAUUCUUCAAAGACAACAGUCCAGAUCACUGGAAACAAAAUAAUUGGCAUGAGAAGCAUCUUGCUUUCCAUCAAAAGUACCCCGAAAAGUUUGCCCCCGAUGAAUCUGCAUCGCAUCCUCCUCUGCCAGUGUACUUUGGAAAUGUUUGUUUAAGAUUUUUACCCGUUCUUGAUAUCGUUUUCCAUCGCUUUAUCGAGCUUCCCAUUCAACAUGUUCAUCAGAUUCUUGAGGUGAUUCUUGAUCAUUUGGGUUGUCUAUAUAAGUUCCAUGAUCGUCCCAUAACCUACCUCUACAAUACCCUGCACUUUUAUGAGUGGAUACUUCGGGACACACCCUCAUUGAAGAAGAAGUUGGUAAGUUCAGUGACCGGGGCCCUUGUUGAUGUUCGUCCACCGAAUUGGGCUCUUAGCGAACAAUAUCAAAUCUAUUUGCAAAGUAAAGAGGCUCUCUGGAAUCCGGAACUUAAUUAUUAUAUGAGUCUUCUGCGACGUUUGUCUGACACAAUCAGUGGCAAAAACUACUUCUACGUCACUGACUGGCGUUUUAAUGAAUUCCCCAAUGCCCCGAGUCACGCUCUCUAUGUGACUUGUGUUGAGCUUCUAAGUCUUCCCGUUACCCCUCAGAUUGUUGGCAACAAUCUCAUCGAUGUGAUAGUUAAGGGUUAUCCAUUGAUACCACAGAAAGAAAUCCAUGCCUACAUCAAUGCUCUUGGCAUAGUUCUUGCUGCUUUGCCAGAAGCUUAUUGGAGUACUGUCUAUGAUCGUCUGCAGGAAGUUAUUAGUUCACCGAAGAUGUUGAAGUGGUCAUAUCGGUUUUCUGCUUUUGAAUUAUUUAAUUUCAAAACAGUUCGUGAGGCAAUGAUAGAAAAAGUGUAUGCCGUGGUUCUCGCUGUGGCACAUUCCCUCUUCCAUCAUAUGGGUGGAUUCAAAUUAGCCACAAUGACAAGAUACUUAAAUGAAAAGUUAAUACCUUGUGUGAAAACAACACAUCAAUUGGUGUUUUUGUGUCAUGUUUUUGGACCGUUUCUUCAACGAAUUGAUCAAGAGAAGCCAAACGCCGUUGCAGGAAUUGCUAUACUUUUGUACGAACUUCUUGAAGUCGUGGAUAAACAUAAUUGGAAUGAAAAUCUCGAGUACAUGGACCAAAUUUGUGAUUUCUUAUACCACAUAAAGUACAUCUUUGUUGGAGAUAGUAUUAAAAAUGAAUCAGAAACGAUUAUUAAGCGUUUAAGGCCGGCUCUGCAAAUGCGAUUGAGAUUUAUAACUCAUCUUAAUUUGGAGGAUAUUCAUACAGAAAAACCUGAGCAAGUACAACAGCAGCAACAGCAACAGCAAAACCAACAACAGCAACAACCCAAUGUUGGUUUGUCUGCAAAUCAACCAGCAACGUCACAAAUGAGUCAGGGAAUUCCAACACAACAACAGCAACAACAAAUUCAACCACAAGUUGUUCAACAACAACAACAGCAACAACAACAACAGCAGCAACAACAGCAACAAGUUAUGCAGCAGCAACAACAACAACAACAACAACAACAGCAGCAACCUCAGCAGCAGCAGCAGCAACAGCAACAACAACCCCAGCAGUUAUCACAAAUGAACCCUAUGUCUGGAAUGACUCAACAACAAAUGCAGCAACAAAUGCAAAUGCAACAACAUCAACACCUCCAGGCUCAACAGCAAAUGCAACAACAACAACAAAUGCAAUUGCAACAACAACAAUUACAACAGCAACAACAACAAUUUCAACUUCAGCAACAACAGCAACAGCAGCAGCAACAACAACAUUUGACCCAACAACAAAUCCAACACAUUCAACAACAACAACAAAUGCAAAUGCAACAACAACAAUUGCAACAGCAGCAGCUACAACAACAACAAAAUAUGGGAAUGAGGCAUAAUUAAAUUUAAGAACAAAAUCAAAAAAAUUAUGUUUAGUAUUUUUGUCGUUCGUCUAAAACAAAAAAUGUGUUUGUCUAAUUUUUACAUUUUUUUAACAAAAACAAAAUUAAAUAAUGUGCAUAAUGUGUAGUUCUUGUACGCGUUGUACGUUUGUCAAGUGUUUUAUAAAAUAUUCUAUAUUUA